AUGGUGCCUUCCAAUGCAAAAGCUUUCGAGUCGCCGAAGUUUGAUGAAUCUGGAGAUUCGUGGCUGUGUGCUCUUGACUUAUCUGCCCUCGUUGGCAAUCAGCAUUCUUCACCCCGGCGUUCCGUACCUUCUCCUAGACUCAAUGUUCGUCAUUCAAAGAGUCAUAUAAUUACCUCCCCAGACUGCAGGGAAUCGGUGUCCUUUAAAGAACGCCUUUUGAUUCAGUUGCAUAUGAACUCCGCGCUAGAUACAUUCGACCGACGUACAUUAGUGGCAAACAAUUCACCACCCACAGAAAGUCAGCUUAAAUUGGCUAGUCAAAUUUAUAAAGACAGGACUUCUUGCUGUCUUUCAAUGGUUGGAUUGCCGAUUCGUGUAAUGGAGCUCCUUUCAAAACAGCGAGGCAUUACCGAUCUCUACGACUGGCAAGUUGAGUGCCUCUCCAUGGCUGCAUCGACAAAAGGAGCGAACCUUAUCUACAGCCUUCCGACUAGCGGUGGGAAGACUUUAGUUGCGGAAAUUCUGAUGCUUGCGGAAGUUUUGGUGGCUCAGAAAAAUGUUCUUUUUAUUUUACCUUUUGUUUCAAUUGUUCAGGAGAAGGUGAAUGAUCUUAAUCCACUGGGUUUAGAACUGGACUUUCUUGUCGAGGAGUAUGCCAGCAGCAAGGGACGAAUUCCCCCAACAAAGCGAUUGAAAAAAUCCUCCAUUUACGUCGCUACUAUUGAGAAGGCUCAAAGCAUUGUCAACAGCUUGAUAGAUCUGGACAGAUUGGAUGAACUAGGGCUGGUUAUUGUUGAUGAGCUUCACAUGAUCGGCGAAGGCGGUGCCCGAGGUGCGGCGCUAGAACUAGUCAUAACAAAAUUAAAGAUUGUCUCCCCAAACACGCGGAUUAUUGGGAUGAGCGCCACCCUCUCCAAUCUCCCCGAACUAACCGCAUUUCUCAAUGCUCGACUGUACACAAACAACUUCCGACCUGUAGAUCUGGUAGAGUAUGUAAAGGUGGAGGACAACAUGUUCAGAAUCCUUUCGCCUUCUUCUAUCCCAAAGCACUCCUGUCUUUCAGAACGUCUAGAGCACGAAAGAGUAGUUAAUUUCAAGUACCCAGAAGCGGUGAAAAAGCGAGACCCCGAUCACUUGGUAGGUCUUGUCGCUGAGGUGCUUACGGCCUCAGCGGAAAAUGCUUCUCGUUCUCCCUCCUGUCUGGUCUUUUGUCCUACAAAAGCUCACUGUGAGAAUACUGCUCUUCUGCUAGCUGAACUUCUGCCCUCGCAGAUCGAUGACGCGGCGGGGGAAGAGAUACGAAGUCGGAGGCACCAACUCCUCACUAAUCUGCGUCUUGACGCUCAACGUGAGCCAAAUGUCGAUGCUCUUGAGAAUUGUUGUCCCAUUUUGGAGGCCACAGUACCUCGUGGGGUUGCAUACCACCAUUCUGGACUGAUUCAAGAAGAGAGACGAGCUCUAGAGGAGGCUUUUCUCGAAGGGGACACUUUACGAGUGAUUUGCUGCACUUCCACACUCGCAGCUGGAGUGAACCUUCCCGCUAGAAGAGUCAUAAUCCGUAAGCCCUACGUGGGAUCGACGUUUCUGAGUUGGAGUCAGUACAAGCAGAUGGUUGGACGAGCGGGUCGCACGGGCCUGGACAGCUGUGGGGAAAGCAUCAUUAUCCUCCAACCGAGUGAGCGUGAGGCUUUUGCCCGUCUCAUGGAUGCCGCUGCCUCCGCGGCUAGCGAGAGUGGCGGCGGUGUCUGUUUCAGCAGUCUCCUCUACGAUGGAGGAAAGGGUCUCAGACAGCUAAUACUGUCUCUCUUGGGUCUUAGGUUGACGAAGACCUUGAAGGAUCUCCUGAUCUGCGUGGGACAGACCUUCUUUGCAGUGCAAUUGGCCAACCGGGCAGCAAAUGCACGUGAUACGGAGGCUCUCUUGGCCGAGACAGUGCGCGAACAGUUGAAGCAUCUCAUCCGCAGCCGGCUGGUCAGUCUAGCCGCUCCUUUGGCCACGCCACCAUUGCUCACUAAAUCACCGCGCAUUCCACCGCUCCAUGGCUCACCAAACCGUGGUUUCUGCGUACCAGACGCCUCUACUCCUCCGGAGGAGAUAGAACUCAAGACAGGCCAGCUGGGUCGUGCAGCCAUCCGCGGUGGCCUUGACUCGGACCACAUCGCGAGCCUGAUCGAGGACCUACGCCGCGCCGCUCGCGCCCUCAACACCGCAGGCCCACUGCACCUCCUCUACCUUGUCAUCCCACGCUCCACCUACCUACAGUCAAAGCAGCAGCAAUCGACGCCUUCUACGGCUACUGUGAUACCAUUUUCCAUGGACUGGGGUGUUCUCUUUGAGCGUGUUAGCUGGCUGGCGCCAGAAGAGGCCAACAUUCUCACUCUCAUCGGCUUCUCCGACUCAUAUCUGGCCAGAAAAGCUGCUGGGCAGCCCAUUAGAAAGAAGCAGGACGAGAGUCCACUAUAUCGCCUCUACCUGGCAUUAGCCCUUUCUGAGCUCUGGCCUCCUCGCUGUGAACCCAUAUGGCGGACUGCGCGCCGCUACGGUCUAUCACGUGGCGCCCUACAGGGCCUAGUUCAAUCAGCGGCCAGUCUGGCUGUCGGUCUAGCAAACGCCGUCGCUGCCGAGUACUCCCGCGAUCCCGAGUUGUGGGCCUUCGCUCACCUCCUCCCCGACUUCUCCGCUCGACUCGCCUACUGCGUCUCCUCUGAGCUCAUCCCCCUUAUGGAGCUACCUGGGGUCAAAAGGGCACGUGCGCGUCAGCUGUACGCGGCGGGCUUCAAGACGGUAGCGGAGGUGGCGGCAGCGGAACCAGGGCAGCUGGUAUCUGCAUUGGCGCCUUUCCUCUCCCGACGCGCGGCCACAGGAAUCGUCCACUCGGCACGGAUGACCCUAGUGGACAGGGUGGAAUCGCUGAACAAGGAGGCUGCAGAGAUUGCUCAACUCUUUACAUCCUCCGCUAACACGGUUACCACCCCUGUCCCGAAUGAUGAAUUGGAAGAGGAAGAUGCGGACCUAUUUGCCUAG